GAGGACUUAACACAAAUUUCGAUGUAAAGUAAAAGAUCACAGUUUUAAAAUCUCCGAGAUGAAUUUUGACGGAUCAAAAAGUUUUCUCGUCUCGGACCUGUUUGACAACUAUGCUGACCUUAUGGCUGAUCCGUCUUGUGUUUGCAGUGGGGGCUUUGCCACUGUUGACAAAAUCGACACAGUCCCUGUUGUGCAAGCCACGGCUCCUGCGAUUGGUGGAUUAAGUCAUGACGACACAGCCAUUUUGGCGGGAAUUUUGACCGGGCUUGCUACCUUCCUGUUUCUUGCCUUGCCCAUUCUUUGCUGCCUUUGCCCACUUCCGUGUUGCCCAUGUUGCGGCGGAGGAGCAGCCGGGGGUAAGAGCAAGAGGACAGCUGGUGCUAUCGGAGCGGCUAAAGUCAAAGAAAUGGAGACCAUCAGUCAUAGGAGUACGGAUGUGGAUUCGGUUCACAGUUUCCGGACCUUUAAUAAGGAAUGGGACAAACUGGAUAAAUACGACUACGACAAUCUGUACGAAGUGGACAUGAAGCUUCCGCGAGCGUGGUUGGAAUCUCUUAGAGGCGUCCCUAACGACCAGAUUGAUUCCAAGUUGCGUGAACUGGAGAGCGGGUGGGAGGGGCAGGAUGUCCGGAACUACGAGCUGGAGGCCCUACGUCACGAGAAUCUCCUGCGGCACGAGAAUAUGAUGAACGCAGAUGCCGGUUAUCAGUCCGGAACCGGUUCUGUAGGCUACAGUAACGCCGCCUACCGGGGUGACGGAUACGCGGAAGGUAUGGGAUCCAUGGGCGGAGGAAUCGAAAUUGAGCGCACUCGGCAAAUCAACAUCACCACGGCCGCAUCACAACUUCCGGAACAAGAGUACAUCAUGGAAAGAGAAUUCCGACAAGAGUUGGGUGGAUUGGAAAAUGACAAUUUUGAGAAGAUUUACACCACCUACCGGCGGCUGCUUAACGACUCAAAGCAGACCUCUUUCUAAAGAGUUUCCACUUCCGGGAGAAAAUUUAUUCUUUUAUUUCGUAUAAAUCGUGCUUACCAAGUGCUUUACAAUGCAAUCUGCGUUUAACAAUUUCUUGUUUCUUAUUUGUCGAUAUGUAUAUAUUUACUUUUAGAUUUAGUGCGUUAAAUUUAUAAAAUGAUUGUGCCCAGCAUUUGUAGAUCACUUAAGUUAGAAACAAAUAUCUUGAUUU